GCUCCAAUUGGCCGCCUCGGGAGGGGGAUUGGCGGUCUCCAGGGCGACGGGCGGCGCUCUGGGCAUCCGAGGCUGGGAGGCGGGUCCGCCCCCUAUUGUGUAGCUGGACGAGUGGAGCGGAGCGGUGCGGAGCAGAUCUGGCGGUGCUCCGGAGGACGGCUUCAUCAGGUGUCACAUGAGCCAAGCCCUAACUGUCCAGAAGAGUGAGAGCUGACCCCCGUUACCCAGUGAGAAGGAUUGACAGGGCUUGCUGGGCUGUGCAGGUCCCUGGGCCCCUCCGUCUGGGCCCCCGUGGAUAGGAGGGGCCGGGCGAGCAGGCAGCUGGGCUAUGGUUUGGUGCCUCAGUCUGGCCAUCCUCAGCCUGAUCAUCGGCCAGGGGGCUGACGGUCGAGGGAAGCCUGAGGUGGUGUCGGUGGUGGGCCGGGCCGGGGAGAGCGCGGUGCUGGGCUGUGACCUGCUGUCCCCGGCUGGCCGACCCCCUCUGCACGUCAUCGAGUGGCUGCGCUUUGGAUUCCUGCUUCCCAUCUUCAUUCAGUUCGGCCUCUACUCUCCCCGCAUCGACCCGGCUUACGUGGGGCGUGUCCGGCUUCAGAAGGGGGCAUCUCUCCAGAUCGAGGGGCUGCGGGCUGAGGACCAGGGCUGGUACGAGUGCCGCGUGCUCUUCCUGGACCAGCACAGACCCGAGGACGACUCUGCUAACGGCUCCUGGGUGCACCUCACAGUCAAUUCGCCCCCUCAAUUCCUGGAGACGCCUCCCCAGGUGCUGGAAGUGCGGGAACUGGAGCCUGUGACCCUGCGUUGCGCGGCCCGCGGCAGCCCCCAACCUCGUGUGACUUGGAAGCUCCUAGGACAGGACCUCGGCCAGGGCCAGAGUCAGGUGCAAGUGCAGAACGGGACGCUGAGGAUCCGGAGGGUGGAGCGAGGCAGCUCCGGGGUCUACACCUGCCAAGCCUCCAGCACUGAGGGCAGCGCCAUCCACGCCACCCAGCUGCUGGUGCUAGGACCCCCAGUCAUCGUGGUGCCCCCCAAGAACAGCACGGUCAAUGCCUCUCAGGAUGUUUCCCUGGCCUGCCAGGCUGAGGCGUACCCCGCUAACCUCACCUACAGCUGGUUCCAGGACAGCACCAAUGUCUUCCACAUUAGCCGCCUGCAGCCCCGAGUGCGGAUCCUGGUGGAUGGCAGCUUGCGGCUGCAGGCCGCCCAGCCUGAUGAUGCGGGCCGCUACACCUGUGUACCCAGCAAUGGCCUUCCACGCCCACCCUCGGCCUCUGCCUACCUCACUGUUCUCUACCCCGCCCAGGUGACUGCCAUGCCUCCUGAGACACCCCUGCCCAUGGGCAUGCGGGGGGUGAUCCGGUGCCCGGUUCGUGCCAACCCCCCACUGCUCUUUGUCAGCUGGACCAAGGAUGGGCAGGCCCUGCAGCUGGACAAGUUCCCUGGCUGGUCCCAGGGCCCAGAAGGUUCUCUGAUCAUUGCCCUGGGGAAUGAGGAUGUGCUGGGAGAAUACUCCUGCACCCCCUACAACCGUCUUGGCACUGCAGGGCCCUCCCCGGUGACCCGCGUGCUGCUCAAGGCUCCCCCAGCUUUUCUAGAACGGCCCAAGGAAGAAUAUUUCCAAGAAGUAGGGCGGGAGCUACUCAUCCCCUGCUCUGCCCGAGGAGACCCUUCGCCUACUAUCUCUUGGGCUAAGGUGGGCCGGGGGCUGCAGGGCCAGGCCCAGGUGGAUAGCAACAGUAGCCUCAUCCUGCGACCGUUGACCAAGGAGGCCCACGGGCGCUGGGAGUGCACAGCCAGCAAUGCUGUGGCCCGAGUGGCCACCUCCACGAAUGUCUACGUGCUGGGCACCAGCCCCCACGUUGUCACCAAUGUGUCCAUCGUGCCUUUGCCCAAGGGUGCCAAUGUCUCCUGGGAGCCUGGCUUUGAUGGUGGCUACCUGCAGAGAUUCAGCGUCUGGUACACCCCAUUGGCAAAGCGUCCUGACCGAGCCCACUACGACUGGGUGUCCUUGGCUGUGCCCGUGGGGGCUGCUCACCUCCUAGUGCCAGGCUUGCAGCCCCACACCCAAUACCAGUUCAGCGUCCUCGCUCAGAACAAGCUGGGGAGCGGGCCCUUCAGCGAGAUCGUCUUGUCUGCUCCUGAAGGGCUUCCUACCACACCAGCUGCCCCCAGUCCUCCCGCAACAGAGAUGCUGCCUCCCCUGUCCCCUCCGAGAGGUCUGGUGGCAGUGAGGACAGCCCGGGGGGUACUCCUGCAUUGGGACCCCCCAGAACUGGUCCCUAAGAGACUGGAUGGCUACGUCCUGGAGGCACGGCAAAGCUCCCAGGGGUGGGAGGUGCUGGAUCGGGCCGUGGCAGGCAGUGAAAUGCAGUUGUUGGUGCCAGGACUUAUCAAGGACGUUCUCUACGAGUUCCGCCUUGUGGCCUUCGCCGGUAGCUAUGUCAGUGAUCCCAGCAACACGGCCAACGUCUCCACUUCUGGUGAGAAUCUGGCAGGAGGGCAGAGCCCUGGGGAUUGGGGGGCUCGAAGCCCACUAAGUCGUGGACACCGACCCUCCCCCGUGGCCCUUUGCCCAGGCCUGGAGGUCUACCCCUCGCGCACACAGCUGCCGGGCCUCCUGCCCCAGCCAGUGCUGGCCGGCGUGGUGGGCGGGGUCUGCUUCCUGGGCGUGGCUGUCCUCGUGAGUAUCCUGGCCGCUUGCCUUAUGAACCGGCGCAGAGCCGCACGUCGCCACCGCAAACGCCUCCGCCAAGAUGCACCUCUUAUCUUCUCUCCGGCCGGGAAGUCAGCUCCCCACUCUGCUUCGGGCUCGGGCAGUCCUGACAGCGUGGCGAAGCUGAAGCUCCAGGGUUCCCCAGUCCCCAGCCUGCGCCAGAGUCUGCUCUGGGGGGAACCCGCUGGACCCCCCAGCCCCCCUCCGGAUCCUCCACCUAGCCGGGGGCCCUUACCCCUGGAGCCCAUUUGCCGGGGACCAGAUGGGCGAUUUGUGAUGGGACCCAAGGUGGGGACCUCCCAAGAAAAGUCAGGCCCUGAGCAGGCUGAGCCUCGGACCCCAGCUCAGCGUCAGGCCAGGUCCUAUGAUGGCGGCAGCAGCCCCAGUGGGAUGGCCCAGCCCCUCUGCAUUGCAGACAUCAGGCCUGUGAGGCCCCCUCCAGCAGCGCCCCCCAGUUCCCUGCCAGGUCCGGGACCCCUGCUCCAGUACCUGAGCCUGCCCUUCUUCAGGGAGAUGAAUGUAGAUGGGGACUGGCCCCCCUUGGAGGAGCCUGCUCCUCCCCCAGAUUACAUGGAUACCCGGCCCCGCCCCACCUCAUCUCUCCUCCACCCCCUGGACUCCCACUCGGAGUUCCCCAGGGCGGCGCUUCCUGGGGCCGUGCUCGGGGUUGGGGCCUCCCCAGAGCCCCCGUACACAGUGCUGACUGACUGGACACUGAGGGAGCGGCUGCUGCCAAGCCUUCUGCCUGCUGCGGCUCAGGGCAGCCUCACAAGCCAGAGCAGUGGGCGGGGCAGCGCCUCCUUCCUUCGGCCCCCCUCCACGGCCCCCUCUGCAGGAGGCAGCUACCUCAGCCCCGCUCCAGGAGACACCAGCAGCUGGGCCAGUGGCCCCGAGAGGUGGCCCCGAAGGGAGCAUGUGGUGACGGUCAGCACGAGGAGGAACACAUCUGUGGAUGAGAACUAUGAAUGGGACUCAGAAUUCCCAGGGGACAUGGAAUUGCUGGAGACUCUGCACCUGGGCUUGACUGGCCCUCGAUCCCGACUUGAAGCUGAGCCAGAGCUAGGUGCGAAGACUCCAGAGGAGGGCUGCCUCCUGAAUACCGCCCACGCUCCUGGCCCUGAGGCCCGCUGUGCUGCCCUUCGGGAGGAAUUCCUGGCCUUCCGCCGCCGUCGAGAUGCUGCUAGGUUCCGGCUACCGGCCUAUCGACAGCCAGUCUCCCACCCUGAACAGGCCACUCUGCUGUGAAUGCCCUAAUGUGAGGCAGGGGGAAGGGACACGGACCCUGCAAAGAAGGCCCCCAGCAAGAACUAGCUCCAGCCUGGGACACUGCCCCUCCUCCUUUGGUGCUCAGGCACAGACCCUGACAGUGGGCUUGGUGUGGGAUGUGCUGAGCCUCUAGAGUCUGGGGACUGGAACAGGGAUCUUAGGUCUGCCCGUGUGUGUGUGUGUGUGUGUGUGUGUGUGUGUGUGUGCGUGCACACGUGCGCACGCGUGCAUGCGCGUAUGUGUGGUGUUUGUGGUGUGGGUGAGGUUUUUUUACAGGUGAAUAAAGAAAGUCUGAAAAAUC